CCUGCAACUGUGUAAACUCAGACACCUCUGCUCAUCCACACCGCUCCACAGGAGUCUACAGCAACAUCACAGCCACAAUGGGGCGGAAGGAAAUCGUAUGCAGCUGGAAGAAAAACAUCAGCAACAUCAAGGACGUGUUUGACUUCAAAGGCAAAAUGGGAUCGGGGUCGUUCUCAGAGGUUUUCAUGGUGAGGGAGAAGAAAACGGGCCAGCUUUACGCUCUGAAAUGUUUGAAGAAGAAACACCUUUGUCACAGCAACCUGGAAAAUGAGAUCAAUGUUCUGAAGAGGAUAAAACAUGAGAAUGUGGUUGGACUGGAGGACUUCUACGAGAGCCGGACACAUUACUACCUGGUCAUGCAGCUGGUGUCAGGGGGGGAACUCUUCGAUCGCAUCCUAGACAAGGGGGUUUACACUGAGAAGGAUGCCAGCAAAGUGGUGAAACAGGUGCUGCAGGCCGUCAGCUACCUGCACGAGAACGGCAUCGUGCACCGGGACCUGAAGCCGGAGAACCUGCUGUACUACAACGACGACGAGAACGCCAAGAUCAUGGUGAGCGACUUCGGCCUGUCCAAGACUCCGGAGCAAGGGGUGAUGUCCACGGCCUGCGGCACGCCAGGAUACGUCGCCCCCGAGGUUCUGGCUCAGAAGCCGUACAGCAAAGCCGUGGACUGCUGGUCCAUCGGGGUUAUCACAUACAUCCUGCUCUCUGGCUACCCUCCGUUCUUCGAGGAAAACGAGACGCGUCUGUUUUCGAAGAUCAUGAGGGCCGAGUACGCCUUCCACUCGCCGUUCUGGGACAACAUCUCCGAUUCAGCCAAAGACUUUAUCAGGAGCAUGAUGGAGAAACGCCCCAGCAAGCGCUUCAGCACCGAGCAGGCCCUCUCUCACCCCUGGAUCGCUGGAGACGCAGCUAAAGACCUGGACAUUUAUCAGUCCGUCUGCGAGCAACUGGAGAGAAACUUUGCCAAAUCCAAAUGGAAGCAAGCCUUUAACGCAGCCUCAGUGGUCAACCACAUGAAGAAGCUGCAGCUGUCCCACAGUGUCCCAAAUCCCUCCCCCCUCUGCCUGCCCGACAUCACGGUACAGUCCUCUGAGAACGGCCUGGAACUGCUCAGACCCUGCCGUGGUGAAGAUGCCCCCCUCGACCCCAACGGGAACCCCGUUCUCGGCGCCCCCGGGUCCAGCCAAGCUCUCAGCACGCUGCUGAGGCCCAGCCAGAGCGACCCGGGCAGCACGCUCCCCGCCAACAAGCUAGCUGACGUCCGUGACUACCACUCAGAGAGCGACGCUCAGUUCAGGCCAUCGACGAGCCUGGAUGUGGUAGCUCAGAAGAACGACCAGACACAUCAGUCAGGAGUGUGUGCUGUCAUGUGAUUGGCCAAUUCACCUAUGAUGACUCUUAUUCAGUCUUGUGGGUGGACGGCACUCAAUGGCAUCUGUGACGUGAAGACUCUGCUCAGCUUCAACACACCUGCUACGGUUCGCCGGUGCAGGACGAUGCCCACCGGUUCCCGCACACCAACUACACUUGAACAUGCAGUCAAGUCGAAGGAAUAUCAUCCAAUAAAUGUAGUUCAAGUAUGAACAUACUAUUUAUUAUUGCUCUCUGUUCAUUCUUUUAAAUGCAUUUAUUUUUGUCAUAUGUUUAAGUUGACACAUUUUCUUAUAUUUUUUUUAGUUACAUUUUCUUUUUGUGUAGUACACAAUUUUAUAAUCACUUUUGAAGACGCUGUUUGUAAGUACACCUGUAUAAGCGUGUACUGAAUGAGCUGAUGAAACGUGCUGACAUGCCUGUGACUGCAGAGACUCCGCUGUUCUUGAUUGUAUCUCCCAGCUGGACAUUACAUGUGAAUCCGGGUUAAAAUCCGUAUUAUAAUUGUUUUAAUGUUCACGCUGGGCUCUGCAGUUAAUUUUAGUCAAACUUCUCUGGUGACUCACAGCAGGUGGACGUUUGCUGCAGUUUCUCUGUAUUGAAGCUGCUGUCUUGUUAAAUAACUCAUCAAGUGCCACAAGCUGGUGUGAAGAUGCUGUCAACACUAGUGAUGCCAUGGAUGAUUCUAUAUUCACAAGUAUACUGUUUAGUAACUUGCUUUUCUUGUUGUUUUGUUUUGUAUUUUCUUGAACUAAAGCUGUAACUAAUCUUGCUGCUUCCCCUCAGUGGAAUUAGCUGCCAUUGGUCUGAAACCCGCAGACUGAAAUGUAAUUGUAAACUGGCUUUUAUUUCAAAAGUGCACAGGAAACAGAUGUAAAAAACAGAAAAUAAAUAACAUAAAAUCAUAUAACAUUCAUCCUUUUUUCUCUUUGAGUCGGUACAUUCACUUUGGUAUUUCAUACAUGGAGAAAAAUGCUUGUUCAUUUCCAAUAAAUUCA